CCCCCAUGCAGCUCCUUCCUCCCUCCUCCCUGGGGCCUCCCUGCAGCUGGUCUGCGAGUGCUCGCGUUUUCCCGCACUCGAGUCAGCUGUUUUCCCCUAGGCACUCGGCAGGGUUUCUCCUUGCAGAGCGACCGCGCACCCAAGCCUCCUCUCCCUCCCGCGCCGUAGUCCCCGAGGGUGGGGGAAGCGCGCGCGCGCGUGAGUGCGUGCGUGCCGGCGUGCGGGAGCGCGCGAGCUCGAGCUCGGUUUCCCCCGGGUGGGCGGCGGCGGCGGCGGCGGCGGCGGUGGAGGUUGAAGAAGAAGCAGCGGCGGCGGCGGCGGCGGGAGGAGGCGGAGGAGGAGGGAGCAGCGGCGAAAUGGCGGAGACCGUAGCGGAUACCCGGCGGUUGAUCACCAAACCGCAGAACCUGAAUGACGCCUACGGUCCGCCCAGCAACUUCCUCGAGAUCGACGUGAGCAACCCGCAGACAGUGGGGGUCGGCCGAGGCCGCUUCACCACCUAUGAGAUAAGGGUCAAGACAAAUCUUCCUAUUUUCAAGUUGAAGGAGUCUUCUGUGAGAAGAAGAUACAGUGAUUUUGAGUGGCUUCGAAGUGAAUUAGAAAGAGAAAGCAAGGUUGUAGUCCCACCCCUUCCUGGGAAAGCAUUUCUGCGUCAGCUUCCUUUUCGAGGAGAUGAUGGAAUAUUUGAUGAUUCUUUUAUAGAGGAAAGGAAGCAAGGGCUUGAACAAUUUAUAAACAAGGUUGCUGGCCACCCAUUGGCACAGAAUGAACGUUGUCUUCACAUGUUUUUACAAGAUGAAAUAAUAGAUAAAAGUUAUACUCCAUCCAAAAUCAGACAUGCCUGAAUGCUGUAAAAAAUCUAUGUAAAAAUAAACAAAACUAUUACCAUGAAUAUUAGUGAUUCAUACGCACCGGUGAAGAGGUUCUCGCUAAUUUUAGCAUGCUGCACAGAAACAGGCCAAUAAGCCUCCAGUAUACUAACACUCAUUAUGAUGCUCAGUUUUGCUUUGUUUUGGCAGUUAAAACAAAUUCAUUUGCUUUAGCAAAAAUUCCUCUUUCUACCUUUUAAAAAAAUAGCUCGAGUGCUGUUUUAAUUCGGUGCACACUACUCGUCUCCCUCUAUCUGCUGUGUCCCGACUAAAGUUACUGACUUGGCCUUACUGGAAUUUGCAGUUUUCUGUGUCACAUCUGCUUCUUGUGUAUGAUUGACUAAAAUGUUUCUCACGCUCUUUUUGAUAUGCAGUGUCACCUGUUCUAAUUUAUGUGUAGAAGCACUAGGCAGUUGUUUUCCAGUACCCCACAUGUGAGAGAAACACUUGUGUGCAGAAAGUAUCUUCCUUCAGGCUUGUAAAACACUUUCUAUGGAAGACUAAUGAGGGAAAUCUUUAUAUUCUGUAUAAAAAACAAUCAAAUUUAUAUACUAAAAUCAUUUGUCUAAAAAUUUAAGUUGUUUUGAAAUAAAAAUGAAAAUACAUUUCUAA